GUGCUUUUUGGCGUAUUUUAAUGCGUCUGGACCAAUCAGGACGCGCCUAGCACUUCGUCACGGCGAAAUCGAAGUUGUUGUAGAGCGCGUGUGUGUGCGCGAGGAGAGGAGAGGUAAACUGGCCGGUAGAUGCGAGAGAGAAGCGCGAGGCAGCGGAAAGAAAUAGACGAACCGAGUGACUUCCUGUGGAUAUUUUCUCCCAGUUUAGUUUAUUGGUCUUUAAUGCACCAAUUUGAAUCGCUAAACACGAAAACAAGACGCACGUUUUCGACGGAAUAUCUCACUUAAAUUCAAAUUCCCAGAUGGAUGCUGCCAAUGAAACAUGACUUAGCCCUACCUCUUUGGAUGAGAGCCUGUAGCGAUGUUUAAACCUCUGUGUGCAUAGUUUCUUCAUUACUCUAUCGCCGUGGACUUAUCAGUUUGCUUCAGUUUUGCUGUUGAAGGAGCAUUUUUUUUUUAUCCGAGAUGACGGAAAUCAGCGAGAAGGAGAACGAACCACAAAACCGGGACCUGCACCGACAACAGGCAACCGUGCCCAGCCAACCUGAAUCAAAGCUUCAGCGACUGAAGCGCUCCCUGUCCUUCAAAUCGGUCAUGCGCAGCAAGAGCAUGGACAACUUUUUCCAGCGCAGCAACGGAGACACUCGCCCACCCUCCGCUCUUAUUACCACGCCUCCACCUGCGCCAUCUCUUCCCCCCUUCUCUGAGUCUCCCCUGGCCUACGAGCGAUCUCCCUCCCUUUCCCCAUCUAUCAGUCCCAACCCAUCAUUGUCAUCACACUCACCUUCCAUCAGUCCUUCAUUGUCAAAGUCUCAGGCCCUGCCGAUGCAGCCAGUCAAGACACACUGUUUCCAGGAGCACGUCUUCCGUAGGCCUGCCAACUGCCAGCGAUGCAAACACAUGAUCCAAGGGAACUCCAAGCAGGGGCUGCGUUGUAAAGCCUGUAAGGUGGCGGCCCACCUCUGGUGCUCAUCGGAGCUCUCCCAGCAGCCCUGUAUUGGCAAGACAGGAGCUUUUAAGAGAAACUUCAGCUCUCCUCUGCUGACCAGCGAUACACUGGGUGUGGUCAGAGAGGCUCCUGCUGCCCAGGAGGCGGGUAAUGGCAUUGUUGACCCUGUGUAUGAGGCACUGCGCUAUGGGACGUCGCUGGCUCAGAUGAGUCGCUCCAGCUUCAGCAGUAUCUCAGAGUCGCCCUGUCAUGAGGAAGAAAAAGUGCAAGACAAACUAGAGAACCAGCCUAUAGCUGAAGAGGAAUCCAUCCCAGGAAUGCUCACCCCUCCUGAAAGCGAGAAGGCUGAUUCAGAAGACAGGGUCAGCCUGAAGACUCCCAAGCGGGUAGAGGUUCACCCCAUCCACACCUAUGUGGCUCUCUACAAGUUCUUGCCUCAGGAGAAGAAUGACUUGGAACUGCAGCCUGGCGAUAGAGUUCAAGUCACAGAUGACUCCAAUGAAGACUGGUGGAAGGGGAAAAGCAGAGACAAGGUGGGAUUUUUCCCGGCCAACUUUGUGCAGCGGGUCCGCCCCAGUGAGCGGGUGUGGAAGGUCACGGCUGGUUUCCACGGCAACCGAGACAAAGGCGAGAUGACUGUGAAAGAGGCCCAGAUCUGUGUGGGGAAGAAUGAAGAGACUGACGGUUUUCUCCGGCUCAGCAGCGGGAAGAAGAGAGGCUUGGUCCCUGUAAAGUGUCUGCUAGAAAUAUGAUGACGGCUCUCCUUGACCCCCUCAGUUUGAUAAUAAAGUUCACGAUAACGGAGGAACACUCAGGAGCGUUUACCCGAAACCUCACUGACCGCCACCCACCUCCACCCCUCCAAAAGUGAAUUGACAGCUUGAGUGGAUGAUAGCUCUGCCCACGACUUCGCUUUUUUAAUGCAGACGGGUUUUAAAGGUUAAGACAUAAAGGAGAGGACUUCUUUAGAGUUCUUUAGAGCUACUUUUCUUGUAGCAUAACUUUGCUUUGUGUGGUUUUAUACACACUCACAACACAAAUGUAGCAUCACGUUGAAGAGGAUAGUGUGCAGGAAGUCUGGCUACCUCACUUGGCCAUCUGUCUGCGAAAAAUGGGAGAGGACUACAUUACUGUGAUGUCAAGGCCUACAGAAUUUGGGGGACUUUGUGAGCAAACUGUCUUAAUUUCAUUAUAUGUGUAGUGAUAACAAGGCAUAAGAGAUUGUGAAUGAUUGUAGAUGUUUAUCGUAGUUGCUUGUGCAAACACUUUUUGGUUGUUUUGUUUUUUUUCCAAACCUCUGAAAAUGGAUUUGAUUUAGUAGAUUUGAUGCAGGAGGUAAAUCACUUUUGUACUGUAUGCGCAGACUGCUCACAAAAUGCACACGUCUGCUGUAGUGCUAUGAAUCCAUGAUGUACAUAUAUGUCACUCCUGCUCUGACUAGAAAAUGAUUCAGGUACUACAUUAUGUCUAUGUAAAAAUUUAAAAAAACGAAGUCUUCUCUGCUACAUCUUGGUCAAAUGAAAGUCAUAACACACAUACACACACACAUAGAAAAAACGCACUCUGGGGUUUCUUUAUUUCAAACUGCUCUCCAGUGAUUAGAUUACGGUGUAUUGAUGCUCUUCACAGCUCCGAUGUGACAAAUGCUUUGUGUGCACCUCGGGGAGCUUCUCUCUCAGUAUGCCCUUCAAUCACACAACUCUCUGCACACACAGAUUUUUAUAGUUCACUCUGUUCCAUAUACUGUAACUCUUAAAAUCAACCGCUAGAAUCUGCUUCCUGUCAUUAUAUUCUCAGCGUUGUUUAUCUGUAUGUAAUGUCCUGUAAUAUUCGCUGUCAUAUCCGGUUGUGCGCUACGACGUGAGGAUGAUGUGCUGUCUAGAGUUUCAGAAACGCUUGCUUUUUCUUCCAUGGGAAGAGCAGAGCAGGGAUAUAAUCCAGGAUGAUUGAUUAAAAACCAAACUCAGUGUUGUUGUUUGUCAAAAAAAGUCAAACUUUCAGUCUCUCAGAGGGUCAUGUACCAAACUCUGGCUGUCAAAAAUUUACAGGAUUUUUGAUUAAAGGCUACCGUUUCUCUCAGCACACAUGAUUACUUUUUAAGUAACUCUGAGGGACUGUUAUUGUUGCUCUAAUUAAAGGUGAUGAAAGGCAAAAUCACCUAAUACAAUUUGAUUUGUUGCUAUGUCAUUAUAAACCAUAAGGUGGUGACAAACUGCCUUUGUUGCAGCAAUAACUGUAAAUAAAAUUAUGACAGUAUUUGUAAAUAGCCUUAUAAAGAUACUGUAUAUAUUGGCUCUAAAUAGCACUCUGACCAACAGGUUUGCAGCUGUCCAGGAGCCAAUUAAGGGCAUUAACUUCACAAUAAUAAUAAAUUACAGGAGAUUAUUGUUUAUUGUCCCACUUACAUAUGUAUGCAUCUCUUUGCUCAAUUAACAUCUAGCCCAAUCAGCACAAAUCUUUUCAAAUACUAUGCACAACAGUUCUAGUCACUCACUUUAUUUUGUACUCAACUUAUUUCCAGCGUAGCCACGUGCGUCUGUGUAUAUCUGUGCUUCUGCAGUUUGGAUAAAGAUUUGAAUUUGGACUCCGGCUUUGGGAGCAUAGCAGCUUUUACAAAGUGCUCAUCUUGGAUCAGUCUGUACCACGCUAAUCCUUAACAUUACCAUCACUGACUAGAACCAGGAUUGGCUCAGGAUUAGUAUUAUCCAGGUGAAUUCCAGCUCUCACCGUAAUGCACACUAUCAGGAUAGUUCUCUGCAUGGCUAGCAGCCCUGUGAUCCUCACAUCUCUCAAUAAAGUCAGAUGAACUCUCAAACUGUGUAAUGUGUUAUUUGGUUUCAUACUGUGCU